GGUUGCAUUUUAGGCUGAAUAUUUUAUAAAGUUUCAUGUUUAUUUGCUCUAUGACCACAAAUGAGAGAAAUACUGCUCCACCUGGUACAUUUUUAAUGGGCUGCUGUUCAUUCACCAUGUGGCUCGUACAUUACUGGAGGCUAUGAGCUUGUUACACCAACAACAAUUGUUGAAGAGAAAAAGAGUGGCCCUGAAGCCCAAGGAAAAAUAUUUUUAGAUAACCGAGUAGGUUGUUUGGUAUGAAUGCUCUGCUCUUAGCAGCGUGGUUUGGUCACCUGUCAAUCCUAAAGAUCCUUGUCUCAACCGGGGCAAAGCUCACCUCUGAAAACAAAAAUGGCUUGAAUCUUUUGCUCUGUUCUGCCCAGAGGGGUCACAUCAGUAUUCUGAAGUAUAUCAUGGAAGAUCUGGAAAAUGUGCAGCUUAAUAAAGUCGACAAGUCAGGUAAGACGGCGUUUCAUUUAGCCACAGAGCAUGGACACCUGGAGGUGGUGGAGUUUCUCAUUGGCGUGGGCUGUGCUCAUGAUCUCAAGGACAAGGAGGAGAACACUGCACUGCAUUUGGCAGCUAAGCAAGGCCACAGCGACGUCCUACAGAAGAUUAUUGAGACCGGGGAGAACAUUGAUGAAAGAAACAUUGACGGCAUGACUGCUUUACAUUUGGCAGCUGAAGGCGGUCAUUAUGAGUGUAUCAGACUGUUGCUUGAGGCUGGCUGCAAUGUGAAUGAACUUACUCAUAACAACAGAACAGCUCUCCAUCUGGUGGCCCAGCAUGGCUCAAGUAGAGAGGUCGGACUGCUGGUACAGGCUGGGAUCAGUCUGGAUUCUGUAGACACUCAACAUACGUCAGCUCUACACCUGGCAGUACUCAACAACUCCACAGAAAUAGUGAAGGAUCUUAUCAAUGCAGGAUGCGACCUGGACAUCUUUGACAAUCGGCUUCAAACUGCUUUGCACAUAGCAGCAGAACACGGAAGGCUGAACAUCGCUGAGAUGAUCCUGAUAUCUGGAGUCAACCUCAAUCUACUCGACAAGCAGAGGAAGACAUCACUUGAUGUGGCAGCACGAGCCAACCAUGUGAAUGUUGUUGACAUGAUUAUCAAAGCUGAUAGAUUUUACAAAUGGGAAAAGGAAAAUGUGACAAGUGACUCUGACUCUCUGGUGGGAACGAGUCUUACCUUUAAGCAAGACCAUCAAAAGGAGACACAACAUAUCCGAUCCGUCCUAUGGAAACUUUCCUCCAAGUAUCUCAAUCCAGGCGAGUGGAAAACACUGGCUCGGCACUGGAAGUUCUCUGAAGCACAUAUUCGAGCCAUAGAGCAACAGUGGACAGGUUCAAAGAGCCACAAGGAGCACGGGCACAGAAUGCUGCUCAUCUGGCUGCACGGUGUGAUCACCGCUGGACAAAACCCCAUCAAGGGCUUGUACGAAGGUCUGGUCGGAAUCUCAAGGAUCGACUUGGCAGGAUGCGACAGCAGGCAAAUGCGGAUCCGUCUUCUGCUAAAAAAUGCAGUGCAAUGUGAUGGGAGAUACAUUGAGAUCAGUCUGGAUUGAGCGCAAACCAACCAGAAGAUUGCUUUUGAAACACAGAGAACUAAGGGAAGCACACAUACUACCUAAAAAUACAACCUCAGUGAUGUGACUUCACAACAAGAGCAAACAUUCACAGCAAACCAGACUUUGGAUUGAAACUAUACGUUUCUGUGGAUCCAGAUCUGUUACUUUUGGAGAACAGCUUCAAAUUUUCUUCAUA